CCAUUUUGGUUUGUCAAACAAGAUUGAAGAGUGAACAGACCACGGAACAGACCAGUCACAACUCACAACUCGAGUGUCCGAUACUCCGAAUCUUGAUAGUUAUUAUUUUCCUAUGAUCCUUACUCCAUGUUACCGCAACUCACAAUGGCUAAUGAUUACAUUUACUAACUCGUAGAUACCCUUUGGUGUUUGGUAUCUCGUCCGUCGUAUUUGGCCGGCUUGUACUCGAUCCUCAUUGCUCCUUAGCAUUAUUCAUUUCUCGACGUCGCCGGUUAUUCAAACUACACGUACUCACGUGACUUGUAUCAAACGUUCAUAAAUAGGUAGUUACGUUAACUGUAAUUGACUUCAGAAUUCUUCUAAUUGACAGACCGCAGUUGAGUGAUAUAAUUGCAUUUUAUAAAAAACCUUGGACGCUAGGAACUUAAUUAUUGUAUUUACAAUUUAGUAAUUAGUAGUUUCUACUGUAGUACUGUACUCGAGUUGUGUAUUGUGUUUUUUUUCCUUCGUAUAAUACAGCUGUAACACGUGUGAUUUACAGUUCUAAUUUAUUGAAUAUUGCAUGGUAUAUUAAGUUUUGGCGUUCAACAUUAAUACGAUAAAGACUAAAACAUGUCCAAACACCGUGAAUGGGAUCCAACUUGUAAAGUAUAUAUUGGUAAUUUAAAAAGCAAUGCCAAUAAAUACGAAAUCGAAGAUUUGUUUACAAAGUAUGGUCCAUUGAAAAAUAUUUGGAUAGCAAGGAAUCCACCUGGUUUUGCAUUCAUAGAAUAUGAAGACCCACGUGAUGCAGAAGAUGCAGUCCGUGGUUUAGAUGGAACAAGAUGUUGUGGAUCCAGAAUUAUUGUUCAAAUGUCAACUGGAAAACGUUCUAGAGAUAAAUCACCUGUACAUAGGUUAUUUAUUAUAGAUACAACUUUAUUGAAUUCUUCAUCAUCAUCACUACCACAUCCACUACUACCAUCACCUUUCAACACAGUACUACCAACUUGAGCCAGCGACAAACAUCAGGGGAGGUCGAUCUUCACCUCCACGGCGGGGCUAUCGUUCAUAUUCAAAAUCACAAUCAAGGAGUCGCUCACCAGUUUACAGAAGUAGAAAAUCUCGUUCAAGGUCUUAUUCUAGAGGAAAAUACUAAAAUCACUUUUUAUGCAAAACAAUUAUGUAACACAUUUUUUAUAAAAUACAUGAUUUUAUUUAAAAAUACAUUUUGAUUGGUUAAAGCUAUAUAGGUUGCUCUCAAAUAUUGAAGGGUGUUUUGUAUUAAUUUUAACUACUGAAAUUAAUUUAUUGAAUACUAGGGCUGUGACUUGAUAUAUUAAUUUAGGCAAGUGAAUGUUUGUCAAGUUUGUUUUAAAUGAUUUGUAAUAAAAUGUGCCAUACUUAACUUUACA